AUGGGACCCCAGAAGCGUACACUGGCGACGCCACGUCAGCGAGAUGAGGGCCACGGUGGUGACGCCGCCAGCUCCAGCUCUGCUCGGCGUGACCGUCCCCGGAGCCACCGGGACGCCGUGCGCAAGCGGCAGGGGGCACCGCCGCGAGCGAAAUCGUGGCGGCACCUCAGGCGGCAAGGUGGGCGCAGGCCGGACUCGUGCCGGGAAGACGCCGACUCGGGCAACGACCGGCUCAGCUCUCCCCUCGCCCGUCCGGGCUGUGCGAGGCUGCGACGGGCAACGCCCCAGCCCCUCGGCGCCUUCUGUGGGGCCGCGAAUUUGGCCGCCCGCGGCGCUGGCGGGAAGACGCCCGGCGCACGCAGCAAGCCGACGACGGCGGGUCCCGUAAUUAAGGUUAAAAUCCCCAAGGACAGAGACGGCCGACCCAAGCAGUUCGCGUUUGUGAAUUUCAAACAUGAGGAAUCUGUCCCUUACGGAUUGAGCCUGCUUAACGGGAUCAAACUGUACGGAAGGCCCAUCAAAAUUCAGUUCCGAUCAGGGAGCAGUCACGCCUCUCAGGACGGCAAUCCGUCUUGUUCCCCGCACGGAGCUGCCGGCACCAGCCCAUCUGGCGCGCCGCACCCGGCAUCAAACUGCGGCAGAUACGACAGGAGUUCUGACACUAUGGUGGCGGCGGGAUUCUCGUCGGCGCAGAGGUCCCUGCCGUCUGCCGAUAACCUUCAGAGACAAGCGGUGAUGAACAGCGCCAUGUGGCAGCAGCCGCAGUUCGGGGGGAAGUACGAGCAGUUCGGGGGGAAGUACGAGCAGCCCGGCUUCGCCCCGCCCGGCUGCCAGCAGGCUCCUCACGCCUUUCACCCCUUGCCGGCCUCCCAAAUGCCGCGGCGCCCAGAGGUGCCGGCGCCGCGCAAGGGCAGGCUGGGCGCCCACCCCUACCACCCGGGCAGCAGGCACUUUGGCCGCGAGCAGCGCUUUGGGGAGCGGGGGCCCGACUACUGCCGGGGCAAGAGGGAGGAGUACGGCUUUGACGAGAGGGGGCACGACGCCGGCGCCGGGCAUCACUACAGGGGGGGCAGGGAGGAACCUGCCUACGAAGACAGGCACCGGGACGGCUGGAGCCACGACUACGACUACCGGAGAGAGAGCUACAGAGAGGCCAAGUGGCACCCGUCGCGGCAUUAACGCCCGGUCAGCGGGCUUUAAAGAACUCGAGGGCAAAGAAAGCUCAAUCUCUUUCUUACCGAGUAUAUGUAUAAAAAAAAAAAAAACCCAACCCAACCCCGCACCCCAUCAAAGUUACCUUUUAAUGAUGUUUGUAAAACUACUAGCAGCGUAG